GAGAGGAGACAGGCAACAGUUCGGACAGCAGACCUUACUGUGUCUCCAGCAGACCACAUCGCUCCCCACUGUCUCCAUUCACGGCAUUUACUGGAACCGAGCUUGAUUCAAAGCGAACAAAGCUGACUUUAUAUAGGAAGAACACGACUUGCUCCUCUUGCAGUUGAAUGGAAAUAAAAGAGACUCUGUGACCUUGGAAGAUGAAGAUGUUGUUGCCAUGGGAACUCUUAAUCCUGCUGUCACUCAAGAGCUGCCUAGCAGAGAGGAUUAUUCGACAUGGCCCAGUGUUCACCCAAGAGCCCAGUGACAGUGUUUUCCCUUUAAGCACAGAGGACAACAAGAUAUUUAUUAACUGCAAAGCCAAGGGAAGUCCAGCACCACAUUACAAGUGGAAAUUCAACAGGAAAGAUCUUGAUAUUGACAUGGACUACAGCCUUGUUGAGGGAAACCUUUUGAUCAAUAACCCUCAGGCAACUAAACACGGUGGUGUUUACCAGUGUAUCGCCACUAAUGCAUUUGGAACCAUCCUGAGCCGAGAGGCUAAAGUGGAGUUUGCAUAUCUGCAGAAUUUCAGCAGCAAGGCCAGAAGUCCAGUAUUAGUGAGAGAAGGACAGGCUGUUGUGCUCCUGUGCGGUCCGCCGCCCCACUUUGGAGAAAUCAGAUACUCCUGGAUAUUUAAUGGCCGCCCCAGCAUUGUUGUUGGGGACAACCGACGAUUUGUGUCCCAGAGGACUGGAAACUUGUAUAUUGCAAAAGUUGAGAUGUCAGACGUGGGCAACUACACAUGUGUGGUAAGGAAUGUGAUGACCAAUACGACCGUCUACAGUUCCCCAACCCCAGUGGUGCUACGUCGGGACGUGCCUUCUAUUUCCUGGAAGAGAGCGGACGGAAGCCCCUUCCCAGGAAAAAUGAAGAUAAAUCACUCAAAUGGUGUCCUAGAGAUCCCAUAUUUCCGUCCAGAGGAUUCUGGACUUUAUGAAUGUGUGGCCGAAAACUCCAAAGGACGUAGUAUUGCAAAAGGACGUCUUGUAUUUCAAAAUGUGGAACACCUGCAGUGGUCGCAGACUCUGUAUGACGCAAACAUGGCUAUUGAGUCUGAUCUUCACUGGGAGUGCAAGGCUAAUGGAAAACCUCAACCUGUUUACCGAUGGCUCAAGAAUGGACAGCCUUUGGUCUCUCAGGACAGAAUUUGUGUUGAUGGUGGCGGGUUAACCAUCUCCAACAUAAACCUGAUGGAUUCUGGGAUGUAUCAGUGUUUGGCAGAGAAUGAUAACGGAGUCAUAUAUGCAAGUGCUGAGCUCAAAGUUGUGGCCUCUCCUCCAGACUUCUCAAAAAACCCAGUGAAGAAGACCACGCUGAUCCAGAGAGGUGGGGAAGCUAUCAUCGAAUGCCGGCCGCACGCAUCCCCCAGAGCUUCCUACUCUUGGAGGAGAGGCAACGAGUUCCUAAAAGACAGCAAGAGGCGGACCAUCUCAGAGGAUGGCACCCUCAGGAUUGCCAAUGUUACCAAAUCCGACGCAGGGAGGUACACUUGUGUCGCCAAAAACCCCUUUGGUACAUCCAGCAGUUCUGGGACUUUAGUGGUCAAAGAACCGACCAAGAUUACAGUCCCUCCUUUGAGUAUGGAUGCCACAGUGGGGGAGAGCAUUGUCUUGCCGUGUGAAGUAUCUAAAGACUCCACUCUACACCCCGUCUUCAAGUGGUUCUUCAACGGAAAGCUCAUUGAUUUCAGUAGACACGAUCACUUCGGGAUGAUUGGAGGGGGCUCUUCUGGGGAUCUUAUGAUCAGGAACGUGCAGCUGAAACACUCUGGGAAGUACGUCUGCAUGGUGCAUACAGCAGUGGACAGUGUGUCUGCAGCGGCAGACUUAAUUGUCAGAGGGCCCCCUGGUGCUCCAGUGGGCGUGUUGGUGGGGGACAUCACAGACAGGAUUGCUCAGCUCUCGUGGGGCCCCGGACCUGACAACCACAGUCCCGUUACCCUCUACAUCGUGCAAGCCAGGACCCCUUUCUCUAUCGGCUGGCAGGCAGUCAAAACUGUUCCUGAUUCUGUGCCUGGACAGAUGAUUCAUGCAACGGCAGUGAAUCUAAAUCCGUGGGUAGAUUAUGAAUUUAGAGUUGUGGCUAUCAACAACGUGGGGGUGGGGGAACCCAGCGUGUCAUCCAAACCCGUUCGCACCAAAGCUGCAGGUCCUGAAGUCGCCCCAGCUAACGUGAGUGGAGGGGGAGGAAGCCGAGGCGAACUCGUGAUUGUUUGGGAGUCUGUGCCGGAGGAGCUACAAAAUGGAGAAAAGUUUGGAUAUGUGGUGGCAUUUCGUCCCCUUGGCACCACAACAUGGAAACAGAGCGUGUUGGCCUCAGCAGAUGCAUCACGAUACAUUUAUAAAAAUGAUACUUUUCUGCCACUCACUCAGUUUAAAGUAAAAGUCGGCGUAUACAAUGAGAUCGGAGAGGGACCGUUUAGCCCUGUGGUCAUUGUAUAUUCAGCAGAUGAAGAACCUUCAGUAGCUCCUCCCAGAGUCUGGGCCCGCAGUUUGUCCGCAUCUGAGAUCGAGGUAUUCUGGGAACCUGCUCACCAAAGCGGCAGCAAAGGACGGAUAACAGGCUAUGAGGUGCAGUGGUUGGAGGAUGGGUCACCUGAAAGCGAUGCAGAGAGAGUAAGGGUCACGGAAAGCUCAGUCAAAAUCACGGGUCUGAAGGGAAGCACGCUUUAUCUGAUGUCAGUCAGAGCACACAACAGCGCAGGCACCGGGCCCUCCAGCGCACCCAUCAGCAUCACCACCAAGAAGCCACCUCCAAGUCAACCCCCAGGGAACAUUGAAUGGAACCUGACAAACUCAAAAGUCUUUCUGAACUGGGAACAUGUGAAGGCGAUGGACAAUGAAUCAGAAGUAACCGGCUAUAAGGUUGUGUAUCGUCAAAGCUGGCACAGGGGAAGCAGCGUAGUCGAGACCAACAGGACGUCCGUGGAGCUUCAGUUGCCAUCAGAAGAGGACCUGCUCGUUCAGAUCAAAGCCCUGAGUGACGGAGGAGACGGCAGCAGCAGCAGCCCUAUACGUAUUCCAAAGAUGUCAAGCCUGAACUCAAGGGGAUACUUCAGUUCAGACGCAAGCAAGAUGGCCCAUGUUCACGGAGUAGUGUUUCUGAUCUUGUCAUGGUUGUUUUCAUAGAACUUUGCCUUUAUUUAAAGCUGAAGUGUGUCACUUCUGUAACACUAAUAUCGCCAAAUGGAAUUUCAAAAACGAUUAUGGUUUCCCAAACACUGUCUGCUGCAGAGAGAAAUCAACCUAAAAAGGACUUACUUUGAAUUGCUGAAUAGAUAUGAGGAAAUAUUUUAACAUUUGGAAAAAAAAAUACAC